CACCUCCUGUCGUCGCCCGCCGUCGCCACGACCCUGCCGACACCGCUUCACACGUCACAGCGUCAGAGAGAGAGAGAACGACGAACGACGACAAAGCAGGCGAAUUCUCACGCCUCUGACGGCGACGGUAUUUACCUCCGUCCACCUUCUCGAAUCUCGAAUCUCGGAUCUCGGAACCCGGAUCAUGCUGCGAGCGCUGCUGGUGGCGCUGUCGACCCUGUGCGUCGUCUGGCGUCGCGAAUCGGUGCGAAGCGACUGUACGAGGACCUGCUAGGGAACUACAACCGUCUCAUCAGGCCCGUCGGCAACAACACCGACAAGCUGACAGUCAAGCUGGGGCUGAGGCUGUCGCAACUCAUCGACGUGGAUGAGAAGAAUCAGAUCAUGACCACAAACGUUUGGAUUCGACAGAUUAAUGACGCGAGCGGCAGAGAAUCUGCGGCCGACGUGCCGGGGGCGGCGACGUUAUUGACGGGCGAUAAUAUGCGCUUUGAAGAUGAGUCGAAAACGAGCAGAGAAUGGUACGACUACAAGAGUUGGCGGUGGGAGGCGAACGCAAUAAUGGGCGGCGUUAACCUUCUCUACGUGCCCUCCAGCAGCAUAUGGCUGCCGGACAUAGUACUCUAUAACAAUGCUGAUGGCCAUUACCAAAGAACGUCGAUGUUUUACCCGUUUGACGAGCAAACGUGGCGCAAUGGAAUUGCGGCUGACGUGGACGUACGUAAUGGAUUUCAGGUGGACCUCAUACACCGCGACGACGAUAACGGUAGGUUUGUUGACAAGGAGUACGGCAUCGAUCUUCAGGAGUUCUAUCCGAGUGUAGAAUGGGACGUCCUGGCCGUGCCAGCAACGCGCCACGAACGCUACUACCCGUGCUGCCCCGAACCAUUCCCAGACAUCACCUACUACGUGCAGAUGCGUCGAAAGACGCUCUUCUACACCGUGAACCUGAUCAUACCCUGCGUGUCGAUCUCCUUUCUCACCGUGCUCGUCUUCUACCUGCCGUCGGACAGCGGCGAGAAGGUGACGCUGUGCAUCUCGAUCUUGCUCAGCCUCACCGUCUUCUUCUUGCUGCUGUCCGAAAUCAUCCCGCCGACGUCCAUCGUGAUUCCACUCAUCGGUAAAUACCUGCUCUUCACGCUGAUUCUCGUCACGCUGUCGAUCUGCGUGACCGUGUACGUGCUCAACGUGCAUUUCCGCACGCCGGCAACGCAUACGAUGUCGCCGUGGGUGAAACGCGUUUUCCUCAACAUCCUGCCGCGUCUGCUAUUCAUCCGGCGACCGAUCGACGAGCGAAACCGACAGCCGACGACGAAGACGAGCUUCCGGGCUUGCAACGGGCUCGACUUCCGCGAGAUGAAACGUAUCAGUCCGUCGUCAUCGCUCGGCAGUCCGCGCUUCAUACGAAUCUCUCAGUCGGAGCGAGAUCAAAGCAAGGCGGACUCGCGGCGCUUCAAGCCCUACCCGGACGACGUCGUGAGAGCGAUGAGGGGAAUUCAGUACAUCGCCGAACACCUGCAGGAUGAAGAUGACCUACGUCAGGAGAAAUUCUGGUCGAUGGCGCGGCGGCGCACAAAAACCGCUUGUUGCGAGAGCGCCUUUCAUGUCUCUGCUGUAUGA